AUGAUUGAACAAACACAAAAAGGAACGCGCAUAGGGCCGCUGCCUGGGGGUCGCCGGGGCGCGUCUGGAGCUGGCGCUGGACGCGGCAGCAUGCGGGCCGCCAGCCGAGCGCGAGGAGCUGCACGAUCGCCUAGCAGGCUCUCGCAUCCAUCAUCCCCACCAGAAGGCUUGAUGUCGGCUGGGUCUUCUCGGACCCAGCAAGCAACACCCGCCGCUGGUGGAGCACGUCGAAUGCGUUGGACAAAAUCCAUGAACGAAAACGCAUUGCGGGCGUACUAUAGGACGAAAGGAGAAGAAACUGCGGGAAUAGUGUAUAGAUCUCGGAUGCAUUGCUUUUUUGCUGAGCUGGAGCCGUCUAUCCCCGUCACGGAACAAAACCUGGCAGACGGAGUUCGGUACAUCAUGCGCUCGAAAAUAUUUGAUGAUGCCGAACUCGAACGACUACGACGUGAGGCUAUUCCGUCGUCGAAUGAAUCGGCUAUGGCUGGAGAUACAGCUCCACAUUCGACAGACCAGUAUCCACACGUGGAAGCCGCCAUGGAUCUUCCAGUUGUGGUUUAUUCGAACGACGAUGAAAUAGUCUCCCACGAACUAGAGCAAAUGAGGAGUAUAUUGGAAGAGGCGAAUUUGGAAACGCGCAGCACCCCUCUCGAAAAUCGACCGCGACUUCCCCCGCAUACCCCUAAGCAAGCGAAAUCGGACAGUCGUGCGGGCUCUUAA